AUGUGUCUCAACGUACACGGGAGAACACCUUUGCACAGCUAUGCAUUGGGCAAUGAUAGCUCGGUACAUGGACCUUUACCGAAUGAUAUAUUCAGGCAUUGCAUUGGCGAUCCUUUUGACAUCUCAAAACAUGUUAGCGCCGAGAGUAUCAAUUUGACGGACAAUGCUGGCUUUACAGCUCUCCACUAUGCUGCAAGACGAAACCCCCAGACAGUUGAGCGUUUGGCCAAGGCCGGCGCUAAUCUGACGCUCACAACACCACGAGGCGUGUCUGCAUUCCAUAUUGCUGCGCAGUCUGGAAAGGCUAAUGUGCUGGGUGUGCUGUGUAGUUUUCUAGACGGUGACCAGGACACCGACGGCCUGGAUAAGGCUGUGAAUGCUUUGAGCGAAGAGGAUGGAAGAGGUGCCACACCCCUGAUGAUUGCGUGUCGACAAAACCACAGGGUCACAGCAAAAUACCUGAUAGAUCAUGGUGCGGAUGUCCUGAUUCAGGAUGAGGAUGGCAUGACGGCUCUACACCAUCUCGUCGAUUCACAAGUGGUGCCAUCGCCUCUACCGGUUUGGAAGCAGCUCAUGGCAACACCUGGUCUGGUUAAUAUAACUUGCAAACGUGGUAACACGGCUCUACAUUACGCUAUGAUCAAUGACUACUGUCCGCUCGCGAGAGAGCUCAUAGAGGCUGGAGCAGAUGUCUGGGUAACAAAUUUAUGUGGUAGGAACAUUCUUCACCAGUUCUUUGCGGAUAGCAUCGUUUGGCAUCACCUGGAUCUUUUGGAACAUCUGGCUGGUAUGGAUGGGUUCCAGCAUGCUUUGUGCUAG